GCGAUGGAUGGCGGCGGCGGCGUCGGCGGCAGCGGCGGCGGCGAGUAUGGCAAUCUCAACGACCCCAUCCCUUCCCCCACAAGAUCUGCGACGGCGGAUGGCGGCGGGGAAGAUGUCGUGGAGGGGAGCCCUCCGCCGUUCAAAAUCCGCAAGCUGGGCUCUCCGGGUACGAGUUCAAUUCUCGCUGAGGAUCAGAGUGGGGCCAUGGCUGCCAGGGACGGCAAGAUCGGCGUCGAGCGGAUGGAUUCGGAAGAGGCCAUUGAGUCGAUGGCUGCCAGAGGCGGGCAUGUGGAUACAGAGAUGACCCAAUUCAAGUAUGGCGAGGUUGCGGAUGAGGAGCUUCGGAAGGACAAGAUGAACGGAGGCAAAUCAAAGCAGCAGAUCAAGAACCCGGAGGAGGGGGAUGUGGAGAUGGACCUAGGCAAAUCAAACUCCAUUAUCUCUGAGCAGGAGAUCAAGGAGCUCUGUGCGCAGAUGGACGAGAUGGUCGCUUUUAUGAAUUACAGGAUCAUACCUUCAGCCCCACUCAUCUGCAGCAGCAGCAGCAGCAGCAAGGAGACGAAAGAUGAACAUGACAAGGCACCACAGUCGGGGAUUGACGGCAUCUUACAGCGGCUAGCUGAUGUGCGCCGUGACAUGUCCAAGCUCAAAUUGGAACUGACCCCUUUCCGGCACAAGUAUCCUUAUGAGAAGGUGCUGACUUCUUCAGAGGAGAGGGAGAAGAGGCUCAAGUCCAGGCUGGAAUAUGAGAAGAUGGAUAAUAAGGAGAAGGCCAGGAGGCAGAUGGAGUUCGACGCGAGUGACUUCGAGGGCUACUGUCAAGGCUUGACAUCUUUUGUUGAACACUUUGAAUUCAUAACCCUAGUGAGCCCCAUGCACUUUACACACUACACGCCCAGACAGAUCCCACACCAUCUUGCUACCUACGGGACCACCUUGCAGAUCUUGUCUUUUAAAAUUGCCAACAUCGAUUUGGACCUCAAAUGGCCACUCCUGGAAUGGCCACUCCAAGUGUAUGGUGUCGUCGCCGCACGAGACAAUGUGGAUCGUAGACGCAAUAUUCUCUUCUUGAGGGAAAGGGGGAACUUCCAAGAGAUCACCCAAGAAAAACCCUUCUUGUGCUUGACUGGCCCAUCUCGUGCAAUUUUGGCCAAGGACCCUGUUGACCUCGAAGUCCAACUAAAACUUAAAGGCCCAACAGAGUCUGAAGACAGAGUGUUGAUCACUAAAAGAUGCCAGUACAGUGGCUAUCAUACCGAUAAUGGUUUAUAUACUCUUACCUUGAAUAACCGCCUUUGCACAACAGAGUUAAGCCUGCAGCAACUGUACUGUCAAUCAGUCCAAGCAACUUUCUUGCAUGUCGGUGGCUUUGUUAAAGGCAAUACAUCCCCUUUCAUUCAUGGAGGCCGAGUUGCCUGCUCCUCACCACCUCAUGGAGGCCAAGGAACUGCCCCGCCCACCCAAGUUGUGUUGCUUGAUUCUCGUCAUUGUGAUGGUGGGAAGAUGCCAAUAGGCGAAGAAGAUGGUUACCUUGAUCUGUCAAGGCAUUUUGUUUCUGUUGAAUUAAGGAGAGUUAGAGACGUUUCUGAAGAAUUGGAAGAAACCUUGAAUGUUUUCAUGGAAGCCUACUCAGACUCGACUCCAGACUCUCCUCCUAAAGUUUCUGCGAAAGCUGAUUUCAUGGUCAAGCCUCAGUAUUGCGGCAUAAGUGAACAUGAAUGUGUCCUUGCCGGCUCUACGGUGAAGAUUACCAUUGCUUGGUCACCUAUUCUUCGAACCAACAAGGUUAUUCUAUGAGUGGGAUAUAUGUUUGACAGUGCUCGGGCGUGAAUGUUAUGAAGUAUACCUAUUAUAUCUAUCUAUUUCUCUGGUUUGACAGUAGUAUUUUGUCUGUUCAAGUAUUUGAUCAGCUAUGUAAGAUGUUGACCUAUUGUUGUAUCGAUCUGCUAUGUAAGAUUUCGACCAUGUGCGUAUCGACUCUGUUUUACAAGUCAUCUCUUGAUGUGUUUCUACUUUCAUUA